CAGCUGUUACUGUAGGUCGACAGCGUGACUGCCUACUGGUUCUGAUCCGCCGCGCUGCCUCGGGCUCUGUGCUGGGUCUCUGACAGGAGGGAGGAGGGGGAGGAGCUGGUCCACACUCCAGCAGGACCACUAUCCUGUCAGAAGCAUCAUUAGACAGCAGCAGGAUGGAGGGAACUCAGGAGACCGCCAACAUGAGGACUGAAACCUGGACCGCUUCUGAUCAGCUCAUCUUCUUUGUUAAUGGAAGGAAGAUUAUUGAGAAGAACGUAGAUCCUGAGAUGAGCCUGCUGACGUACCUGAGGAGGAAAGUGGGUUUAACAGGAACUAAGCUGGGUUGUGCUGAAGGUGGAUGUGGUGCCUGCACUGUCAUGCUAUCCAAAUAUCAAACACACACCAAACAGCUGCUCCAUUACGCCAUCAACGCCUGCCUCGCACCCCUCUGCUCCCUUCACAUGGUUGCUGUGACAACAGUGGAGGGAUUGGGCAGUGUGGCCAGAAAGCUCCACCCUGUCCAGGAACGGAUCGCCAAGUCUCAUGGCUCACAAUGUGGUUUCUGCACACCUGGGAUCGUCAUGUCCAUGUACGCCUUACUGAGGAACAACCCCAUACCAAAGAUGGCUGACAUGGAGGAGGCCUUCCAAGGAAACCUGUGUCGUUGUACUGGAUACAGACCCAUCCUGGAGGGAUACAAGACUUUCACCAUGGAAGGAGGAUGCUGUGGUGGCAGAGGGCAGAAAGAUGGCUGCUGUAUGAUGAACGGGAGUGAAGCUCUCCGAGACUCGAAGGACAGUGAUGAGGUCACAUCACUGUUUAACACAGCAGACUUUGCGCCCUUUGACCCCACACAGGAAGUCAUCUUCCCUCCUGAACUUAUGAAUUUGUCAAAAGGUCAAAGGUCAUGCUCUCUGUGUUUCCACGGGGAGCGAGCAACAUGGCUGCAGCCAAGUAGUCUAGAGGAGUUUCUGCUCCUGAAGUGGAGGCAUCCAGAGGCCCGGGUGGUGGUGGGAAACACGGAAGUGGGUGUUGAAGUGAAGUUUAAGAACAUGGUGUACCCAGUCAUCCUGUCUCCAGCCUUUGUCCCAGAGCUGAACACAGUGACUCACACCGAAGAUGGUAUCGUGUUUGGUGCAGCGUGUACACUCAGCCACAUGGGGGCAGUGCUGAGGCAGGCGGUGAAGACUCUUCCUCCUCAUCAGACUGAGGUCUUCCGUGCCGUGUUGGAGCAGCUGAGAUGGUUUGCUGGACAGCAGAUCCGCAACGUAGCUGCUGUAGGUGGGAACAUCAUGACGGCGAGCCCCAUAUCAGACCUCAACCCUGUUUUUAUGGCGGCAGGCUGUAAACUUACCCUGAUGGACAAAGAUACCAGCCGUGAGGUUCAGAUGGACGACAGUUUCUUUACAGGUUACCGGAAGACGGUUGUGCGACCACAGGAGAUCCUUGUUUCUGUACACAUUCCAUACAGCAAGAAGUUUCAGUUCGUCUCAGCCUUCAAACAGUCCCCUCGCCGUGAGGAUGACAUCAGCAUUGUCACCACGGCGAUGAGCGUCACCUUUGCUCCUGGGACUGAAGUUGUAGAGGACAUAAGGCUGAGUUAUGGGGGCAUGGCGCCAACCACGGUGCUCGCCAAGAAGACGGCAAAUAAACUGCUGGGAAGGCAGUGGGGGGAGGAGCUUCUGCAGGAGGCUUGCUUAUCAUUGGCUGAGGAGAUGACCCUCGACCCCUCAGCACCUGGCGGCAUGGUGACAUACCGGAGAACACUGACUCUCAGCCUAUUCUAUAAGUUCUUCCUGACGGUUCUGCAGAAGCUCAGACUGCAGGGUGUUGGAACGCAGGAGGUCUCCUCAGACUGUGUGAGCGCUACAGAGGUUUACCAACCAGAGACCCCGUCCGGCAUCCAGAUCUACCAGGCAGUGCCAGAAGGGCAGAGCCAGGAUGAUGUAGUGGGCCGUCCCAUGAUGCACCUGUCAGCCCUGAAGCAGGCUACAGGUGAAGCAGUGUACUGUGAUGACAUACCACUCUAUGAAAACGAGCUCUACCUGGUGCUCAUCACUAGCACCAAGGCUCACGCUCGAAUACUCUCAGUGGACGUCUCUGCAGCAAAACGUUGUCCUGGAGUGGUCUGCUGCCUGUUUGCUGAUGAUGUUCCUGGCAGCAACAUAACCGGUGUGAAGCAAGACGAGACAGUGUUCGCCGAUGGACAGGUGAGCUGUGUGGGUCACAUCAUUGGUGCUGUGGUGGCUGACACUCAGGUUCAUGCUCAGCGCGCUGCCAAAGCUGUGAAGAUCCAGUAUGAAGAGCUGCAACCCAUUGUCACCAUCCAGGAGGCCAUUGCUGCCCGGUCGUUUUAUGAACCAAUCAGAACCCUUCAAAGUGGAGACCUGGAGGCAGGGUUUAAACAGGCCCAGCACACCCUGGAGGGUGAGAUCCAUAUUGGAGGCCAGGAGCAUUUCUACCUGGAGACGUACGUCACUUUGGCUGUUCCUAGAGGAGAAGAUGGAGAGAUGGAGCUCUUUGUUUCCACUCAAUCUCCUUCUGAUUCACAGUGUAUUGUAGCACAGGCUCUGGGUGUCCCUGCCAACAGGGUGCUGGUCCGAGUGAAGAGGAUGGGUGGGGGGUUCGGAGGAAAAGAAAGCCGGACCACUGCGUUGUCCACUGUGGUUGCCGUGGCAGCUAACAAGCUGAAGAGACCUGUCAGGUGCAUGCUGGAUAGAGAUGAGGAUAUGCUGAUCACAGGAGGACGACACCCAUUCUAUGGAAAAUACAAGGUUGGAUUCCUGAACAGCGGGAAGGUGGUGGCUCUGGAUGUGUCUUUAUACAGUAACGCUGGGAACUCCACAGACCUCUCCUUAGCAAUCAUGGAGCGAGCUCUGUUUCAUAUGGAGAAUUCAUACAGCAUUCCUAACAUCAGAGGCCAAGGAUUCAUGUGUCGAACCAAUCUGCCAUCCAACACGGCCUUCAGGGGCUUUGGAGGGCCCCAAGGCAUGAUGGUUGCUGAGAGUUGGAUCACCGAUGUGGCUCACAGUCUGGGACGAUCAGCGGAAGAGGUGCGUCGACUGAACUUGUAUGUAGAGGGAGAGCCAACACCGUACAACCAGGUCCUACAUGGAGUCACUCUGGAUCGUUGUUGGGACGAGUGUUUGUCACGCUCUGGUUACGAGCAGCGCCGAGCUGCAGUAGACCUCCAUAACAGACAGAACCGAUGGACCAAACGAGGACUUUCGGUGGUUCCGACUAAAUUUGGUAUCAGCUUCACAGCAACGUUCCUUAACCAGGCCGGUGCUCUGGUUCACAUUUAUAAAGAUGGAUCUGUGUUGAUGACUCAUGGAGGGACUGAGAUGGGCCAAGGACUUCACACGAAGAUGGUUCAGGUUGCCAGCAGGGUUCUGGGAAUCCCCUCUUCAAAGAUCCACAUCUCAGAGACCAGCACCAACACAGUGGCUAACACAAGCCCGACCGCUGCCUCUGCCUCCUCUGAUCUUAACGGUGCCGCUGUGUGUAAUGCCUGUGAGAUUCUGCUCAAGCGCCUGGAGCCAUUUAAAACCAAGAACCCCAGAGGAUCUUGGGAGGACUGGGUGAAGGCUGCUUACUUCGAGAGAGUCAACCUCAGUGCAAAUGGCUUUUUCAAGACUCCAGAUCUGGGUUACAGCUUUGAUACGAACUCGGGCAGAGCUUUCAACUACUUCAGCUAUGGAGUAGCGUGUUCAGAGGUGGAAAUCGACUGCCUGACUGGAGCGCACAAGAAUCUGAAGACCACCAUAGUGAUGGACGUGGGUCUCAGCUUGAAUCCAGCUAUAGACAUUGGACAGGUUGAGGGAGGCUUCAUGCAGGGUUUGGGCCUCUUCACCCUGGAGGAACUCCAUUAUUCCCCUCAGGGUGUCCUUCUCACUCGGGGUCCUGGUUCCUAUAAGAUCCCAGCCUUUGGGGACAUUCCCAAACAGCUCACCGUCUCUUUGCUCCGUGACGCACCCAAUGAUAAGGCCAUCUUUGCAUCCAAGGCAGUAGGGGAGCCUCCUCUUUUCCUGGCUUCAUCUAUUUUCUACGCAAUCAAAGAUGCCAUCAUGGCGGCCCGUGCCGAGUCCGGCAUCACAGGACCAUUUAGGCUGGACAGCCCAGCCUCAGCUGAGAGGAUCCGUAUCGCCUGCAGCGACCGCUUCACGAAACUGUGUCCUCCUGCAGAGCCAGGAACCUUCAGGCCGUGGUCUGUACAGGUGUAGAGAAGAGCCCAGCAGUUGGUCAGGCAUGAUGUUCUUCCAAGACAAGACAACUCCUUCUUGAGUCAGAUUUAAUGAUGUUCUUUCUCUGGACACUCGUGACGAUCCGCCUCAUUAAUUCUGGAUCAGCAGAAGGACUCAAAGCUCAUUCCUGAUUGGUUCUGUGAAAACACGAUUUUCUGUGUCAUAAUCCAUUCAUUCUGCUGAUUCCACUUAUCUCCUCAUAAAGAUCAUCUGUUUAAAAUUGGGAACUGAUUGAUGAUUGUCUGAAUGAAAUAAAACUUUUCAGUGUU